UUUCCAGAAAGCAUUUUCGUACGAUCAAACAGAAAAAGAACGCUAAACACGUAAGCGUUAUUCCUCGUGGGGGCUACCCUAUUCCAGACCAAAGAUAACAGAAAAAACAUUAAAAUACAAGCAUGUCUGGAACUAGAAUAUGACCGUUGACUGAAUACGUCUCUCGUGCCACGUCAGCACUGAAAGUAUUUUUCGAAGACCGUGACCAGACAACUCCUCCCUUCUCAGCUCUCCCCGCAUUCAAAAAGCCCGACGGACAACUCUAAGGAGUUUUCCUCUGUGGUACUCCUCACUGCUUACCAUGCACCUUCGUGUUAAUCUCGGCCGUCCGAUCUCUGGAUCAUAAUCACUCGAAAGUACAGGCGCUGUCUCCUGUGCUCAUAGCAGAAACAAAAAGAAGAGAAAAACCCCAUAUCUCUUCUUCAUCAAUAUUCACAAAUCACUGGCCAAGCUAGAAGCUUUUUUUUUUUUUUUUUGGGUUGUGUUUAGUUCUUAAAGAACUUUUAAACUAGUUCAAAUACACUCGUUUCUGUUUUCACUUCCCACCCAGACCUCAAAAGGCGCUACCUUUUCUCUCUCUACUUUCUUUCUCUCGAGAUUGAUUAUUUAUUUUAUUUCCUUCCAAUUUUUCCCCGUUCUUUUUGUGCUCUCUGGUUUAGUCUAUAGAUUUCUUUUUUCUGGGUUUUAUGGUUUUUGAAGAUUGAGUGAUUGUAAGCAAAGAUUAUAUGGCUGUGGUGCUCUUGCUCUUCUUAUUGGUAGUGUCUGCGGUUUCUGCUGAUGAAGCUGCAGAGGCUUUUUCAAUACAUACAUCCCGGUUAUAGAUCUGUCUGUCAAGAUGCUUUCAUUGGUGUGAAUGUUGGUACUGCCCUAUCAGACAUGCCAAGCCCAACUCAAGUGGUGGCCCUUCUUAAGGCUCAGAAUAUCAGACAUGUCAGGCUCUAUGAUGCUGAUCGAGCCAUGCUUCUUGCACUUGCCAACUCAGGCAUCCGGGUAACAGUUUCUGUUCCUAAUGAGCAGCUCCUUGGGAUUGGUCAAUCAAAUGCUACUGCAGCCAACUGGGUUGCUCGCAAUGUAAUAGCCCAUGUUCCUGCCACCAACAUCACAGCCAUAGUGGUUGGAUCUGAAGUUCUAACUACCCUCCCAAAUGCUGCCCCAGUUUUAGUCUUUGCCCUAAAGUUCAUCCAUUCUGCCCUUGUUGCAUCUAAUCUGGAUGGCCAAAUUAAAGUCUCUACGCCACACUCUUCUUCCAUCAUCCUAGAUUCAUUCCCUCCUUCCCAAGCUUUCUUUAAUCGUUCAUGGGACCCAGUCAUGGUUCCCUUGCUGAAAUUUUUGCAGUCAACUGGGUCAUACUUUAUGCUAAAUGUGUAUCCAUAUUAUGAUUACAUGCAAUCAAAUGGUGUGAUCCCUUUAGACUAUGCACUUUUCCGUCCCCUCCCUCCUAACAAGGAAGCUGUGGAUUCUAACACCCUUCUUCAUUACACAAAUGUCUUUGAUGCUAUAGUUGAUGCAGCAUAUUUUGCAAUGUCCUAUAUAAAUUUCACCAAUGUUCCCGUUGUUGUUACCGAGUCUGGUUGGCCCUCCAAAGGUGACUCCAGUGAGCCAGAUGCAACAAUCGAUAAUGCAAACACUUAUAACAGUAACUUAAUUAGGCAUGUUCUUAAUAACACUGGCACUCCCAAACGUCCAGGGAUUGCAGUUAGUACUUAUAUUUAUGAGCUUUAUAAUGAGGAUUCAAGACCUGGACCAGUUUCAGAGAAGAACUGGGGACUUUUUGAUGCCAAUGGGGUGCCGGUUUAUGUUUUGCACUUGACUGGUGCUGGUACUGUGUUGGCAAAUGACACUACAAACCAGACCUUUUGUGUUGCAAAGGAAGGUGCUGAUCCAAAGAUGCUACAGGCAGCAUUGGAUUGGGCUUGUGGACCAGGAAAGGUUGAUUGCUCACCUCUAUUGCAAGGCCAACCAUGCUAUGAGCCAGACAAUGUGGUUGCACAUUCAACAUAUGCUUUUAAUGCUUAUUUCCAGAAGAUGGCCAAGUCUUCAGGGACCUGUGAUUUUAAAGGGGUGGCUACCAUAACUACCACUGACCCAAGUCAUGGUUCUUGUAAAUUUCCUGGAAGUGCUGGAAGAAACGGCACCUUGACAAAUACCACAUCGCUUGCCCCAUCUUCCAAUUCAACGAGUUCUGACAGCCCUCCACUACAUCUCCAUAAUAUUGGUUCUUUCACAAUCUCUGUGAUUAUAGGUGCUUUGCUAAUGAGUACAGUUUUCUUGUAAAACUGUACAUUUGUAUUACAUGCAAAUCUUGGAAGCCAAUCAUUGGAAAUUUUGGUUCAAUUCUCUUUGACAACCUGCAGCAGUCCCAAUUUUGAUCCUCCUGGAUAGGAGUAAAGGGGUGGCAAGAUGUAGUUCUAUGUUCUAACAUGAGUCUGGUCAUUUGAUUUUGUACAAACCAUCCAAAUGAUUGCUUGGGAGUAUUUUUUUUAACUAUUUUGUUAAGGUGAUAUGGUUGUAUUCUUUGAAGGGAAAUUGUGACAUGUUCAUUUUAUUUGGUAGUAUGAUGAUUUUUUUUUUC